AAAAGACUAAUUUUUUUUUCCCUUUUUUAUUUUUUAUUUUUAAUUUAUGGUUCAGUUUGUUGACACUUCACAAAAUGCUUUACUCAGAAACUUAUUUUCUCCAUUUCUUUUUUGGGGUUUGGUGAAGGAUGGUGGGCUCUACAGAUGGGGACCUGGUUAGCUUCGAAGAAAUUUGCGGUUUUUAUUAUAAUGAGCUUAUAUUUUGUGUUUUCUUAAGUGAAGAUCUGAGUCCAGAAAGUUUAGAUUAUUGAGUUUUACAGUUCAUAUCCUGUCAUCAUUCCGCGUUUCCGUGUCUUUUGAUUUUUUCUUCUCUUUGUUGGUUUGCUACUGUGGCUGGUGUUGUUUCGUAAUCAGAUCUACAUUUGGCUUCGUACGGUUGCACUUACAGGCAUUCCUGUCUCUUCGAAGAUUGUGAGCCCGAGGGGGUUGAUGUUUCUGGUGAUUUGGAGAGUAGGGCAUUUGUGAUGUUGGAGGAAAUAAUUAGUUCGCGAAUUAAGGAACCUCUAGGGGUUCAUUCAACAUAAGAUCAUGAGUUGGUGCACUCGGACGAUGUCUUAAGAUCGAAGGUUUAAGUUUUGGAUGCUGUGAGUUUUGACCCAGAAACUGGUAUAGUCAAAAUGGCGUCGGCAGAGGGGAGGCGUAAUCAUCAUCAUCAUAAUCUUGUUCCACUUGCCGCCUUGAUCAGCAGAGAGAUGAGGAGUGAGAAGAUGGAGAAGCCUAGUGUCAGAUAUGGUUCUGCUGCCCAGUCUAGAAAGGGGGAGGACUAUUUCCUGGUGAAGAUAGAUUGUCAAAGAGUCCCCGGGAAUUCAUCUAAUUUUUCUGUAUUCGCAAUUUUUGAUGGGCACAAUGGGAAUGCUGCUGCUAUAUUUACAAGGGAAAACUUGUUAAAUCAUGUACUGAGUGCAGUACCCCGAGGGCUUGGACGGGAUGAAUGGCUUCAAGCUUUACCUCGGGCAUUAGUUGCUGGGUUCGUGAAGACUGACAAGGAAUUCCAGAGCAGAGGAGAAACUUCUGGAACUACUGCUACGUUUGUAAUUGUCGAUGGGUGGACUGUGACAGUUGCAUCUGUGGGAGACUCACGUUGCAUUUUGGAUGCUCAGGGUGGUGCCAUCUCCAUCUUGACUGUUGAUCAUAGGCUGGAGGAAAAUGUGGAGGAGAGGGAACGUGUUACUGCUAGUGGAGGUGAGGUUGGGAGGCUCAGUAUUUUUGGUGGUGCUGAGGUUGGUCCCCUCCGUUGUUGGCCAGGGGGUUUGUGCCUUUCAAGGUCCAUUGGGGACAUGGAUGUUGGGGAGUUUAUAGUUCCGGUGCCAUAUGUUAAACAAGUGAAGCUAUCAAAUGCUGGGGGAAGGCUUAUAAUUGCUUCUGAUGGCAUCUGGGAUGCACUAUCUUCUGAGAUGGCUGCAAAAUCUUGCCGGGGUUUGCCGGCAGAGCUUGCUGCUAGGCAAGUGGUGAAGGAAGCAUUGAGGACAAGAGGGCUGAAGGAUGAUACAACCUGCAUUGUUGUUGACAUAAUUCCUCC